AUGGAAGACAUGAACACAGCUCUAGGCACAACAACUGAACAAGAAAAAACAAAAACGCUCUUACUCGUUUACACCGUUUUUUUUGGAACCGAAAAGUGGAUACAAGAUCGUGGUAGCUGCGGAUUUGAAGACAAAUUUCAAUUCACCGCAAAGAAAUGUCUCUCAGGCGAUUUCGAACUAACAUAUGACAAAAAUCGGUUUAAGGAAAGCGACUUGGUGAUAUUUCACGCCAGAGACAUGCCGGAUGUAGAGCAUCUUGGAACACUGUUGAAAGACAGGCCCAAAUCGCAACGCUGGGUGUAUGCUCUGUGGGAAAGUCCAAAUGCAACACCAAAUCCAGCCCCGUUAAACGGGCUGUUUAAUUUAACAUGGACGUAUAGGAGUGAUUCAGAUUUCUGGUCGCCAUACGGAAGCUACGUAGUACUAAGUGAAGAAGAGAAAAUUAACAAAACGCGAAAUAUUCCGGACUAUUCCCAAGGAAAAACCGAACUGGUGGCCUGGAGGAGUAGCAAUUGUCGCGCUCAACCUCGAAUAUCCUUAGUACAAGAACUAAAAAAAUACAUUAAAGUUGACGUGUUUAAAAGAUGUUCCGAAAUGUUUGGGCAGAGAAGAGGUUGCCCUGCUCCAAUGAGCAAUUGCCUUCAAAAAAAGUACAAGUUCUACUUGUCAUUCGAGAAUGCUUUAUGCGAGGACUACAUCACAGAGAAGUAUUGGAAUGUACUUGGUAAGAAUACAAUUGUAUAUAUGCCACAUGUAUUUGUCUAUUAAGUUCCUAAUUUUGAUUACCAGGUCUCCUUUACCAGCUAUGCUGACAUGUUUUGUCACGCGUGACCACAUAAGACAAAAAGAAACAUUCUUCGUAACGUUUAAGAUUUGAAAGAGAACUUGAAGUUCUCUAUGAAACACAAAUUAAAUUCACGAAAAGAAACGAAAAAAUAUUAUCAUUGUAUACAGAAAAUGUCGUACAUUGUACAUUGCCCAGAUGUUUAUAAUUUAGCUCAGAAAUUGGAUAACUCCGUUCAAAUUGUCAAGAUUACUGGUUACGCAUGACGGAGGAAGGUUGUCCCGGGUAGGCUAGUUAUCGCUAGCAGAGCGUUUACAAGGCAGACAAGGUAACCCUCUUGCUUGGGUAACCCUAGCACUCAAUUACCGUUACCCUAGCUCCAGAGUAACCCGAUCUGCCUUGUAAACACGUCGCCUAAAAAAAGAAGAAAUGUGUGAGCGCUAGGGUAACCCUCUUGCUGGGGUAACCCUAGAACCAGGGAUACCCUUCCUCCCUCUAAACAGGACCUUAGGGGGUCCUCAAUAGGGAGCUUCAAACCCCUCAUCCCGACCCAAACGUUCGCGCAAUCCCGUAAUCCCGAUGAUUAUGAUCGGGAUGCCGCAUUCCAUGUAUACUUUCAAUCCCGAAGCAUACCCCCACCCCCCCCCCCCCUCGCCAAUUUCCUUUAAAAUCACGAAACCUGGUAUUUAAGUAAGGCAAAUCUUGCAUUCUGAAAAACCUUAAUACAGUCAUAGAAAGUAAUACAAUUAUAUUUUUCAAUACAGGUGAAGACCUCAAUGUUGUCCCAGUCGUGAUGGGAGGUGCAGAUUACACCAAGCUGGCUAUUCCUGGGUCUUACAGCAAUGUUUUGGACUUCAAAACUGUGAAACAACUGGCGGAUUACCUUCAUUAUUUGGACACUAACAAUACCGCUUAUAACGAAUACUUUAAAUGGAGAUUAAAAUACAAAGUGUUUCGCGGCAACCUUGAUUUAUCGUUGUGUCAAAUAUGCAAAUGGUAUGUUUCAAAAUCACCACUUGAGCCAAAGGUUUAUCAUGAUCUCGCAGAUCAUUGGGUGACAAAAGGAAAAUGUAAUGCGAAAAAUCACCUUGUCACAAAUAUGUGGGAAACUCAAUCGGUAAUUACUACAUUAUCUUUUUACUUUUUGCCGUUUGUUUUGGCUGUUUUGGCUGUUUUGGCUUUAGUGCUGGCAUUACAAAGAAGACUGGCCAGAAAAAGCUAA